AUGCCGACAGGCGCACUUUCAAUAUCCAUCCCCAAAACACCCACCACCCCAACAACUACUACAAAACACUCCGCCACUCGCCCAACUUUCUUCCCUACAGUUGCUUGGUGGAGACGAUUCCCAAGGCCAAGAUUCCCGAGCUAUUAUCCCUCAAACUACAACACUCACGAGUCCAGAAAUGGCACUCAUGACGAAAAUGGAACGGCGACAAUGGAAGAAGGCUUAUUGAGCGACGGUGAAAGAGAUGAUUUUGAUGGGAUGAUUCCUAGGGCUGGCAUGCAAAGUGACUCAGGUUCCAGUUAUUGGAAACGGGUCAGUGGUGAAGGGCGGAGGAUGGGAAGGCUGAGACUAAUAGUGGAGAUUAUGGGUGCUAUCGGGGUUGUUGUUGCAGUUGUUGGGUUAGUUCUCUUAGUUUUCGGGUAG